CUUGUGGGGGCGGUUAUCCCCUGUUAGGAAGGAUGGUGGGUCUAACUGUGGAAAAGGCGAAACUUUAAGGCGUCUAUGUGCAAUUAAGAUUACGAUAUAAGUACAAUGGUGUAAGAAUCAAGAAGAGCAAGCAGUGUACGCUAACCGGUCGGUGUAUCUGGCUUCUUCUUUGGAUAUUUGGGAUUCAAGAAUCAACACCCCUGUGCCCUGCCCUCCUCGAAUUCUCAGACAAAUUCCAGCAUCUUGUGUUGAUGAAGCUUCACCUAUGUGACAAUUUUGAUUUGCAGAUGCAGAAAGGAGUUGCAUUUGUUCAAACCAACACAUUACUCCCAUAAGAUGAUCAAUUUGUUCAGAAUCCGUACUGCGGGUCUUUGAUAGAUCUAACCCAGUGAAGAUUUUGCUCAAGUCUUCAAUCCUGAUUUAUUUUUCAGAUGAUGUGUUUUUUCCCUGUCAUCUAUAUAUGUUCUUUACAGUGAAAAUUUAAAACUAUCAGAAUCUGGCGUUAUAAGGCUAUUGGAAGCUGAUAGUCUAUGGCUUCAGCAGAGGCAAGGGGAGCACGGGGCACUACUUGUAAGUUUGUCCAAGAAGAUGUGAGAAACGCUUCACGGUUAUCUUGCUGCUCGUCAUCCUUGUCAAAAUCAGAGUCUGAUGGCGGAACUGGUGAAGCAGUAAAUAAAUCAAAUCAUCCCAGUUCAGGUUGCGUGCCGAAGAUGUCGGUUAACUGGAAAUCCUCAGAUCCAAAUGUGCCUCCCGAGACAAAUCAGUGGCCACACUGGCAGGCCAACUGUGGACACGAGAAAGACUUUUCAUGUGAACGGUUAAGUUCCCUGGAGCUGGAACUUUUAAGUGCAAACUUUGUUGAUGAAAUUGUGAAGUUUGACAGGAAGAAAUUGCCCAUUAUGGAAGAUGGUAAUCAGGGCUAAUGUAAAAGAUAAUGAAGUUUCUUUUCUGGCCCAGCAAAGAAAGAAAUCUUCUUCUUACAUGAAAAAUGACCAGGAUCCUAAAAUUCAGGAAAUUGAAAGUUUAAUAAGCAAUAAUUUACCAAAAAAUAAGGACACGGGAGAGUUCUGGUAUGCGGAUGAUCAUUUGAUAGACUUGGGCUCUUUUAUUUUGGCCUCAGAAGAACCUGAGAAGUUUUGUUCUGAUUUGGAACCCCAUUGGAUUAAAGUUGAGAAGAGUGUACCUUGGUGGCGAGCAGCUGAUAAAGAUGAGUUGGCUUCCUUGGUUUCUUGUAAGUCAUUUGAGCAUGUUAUGAACAGUGACCUCCCACAACCCCAGACCGAGAACUUAGGUGGAAAAGGAUCUAUACAUCUGCAGUGGUUUGAGCAUAACAAGGCUGUUGAUUCAUCUUCAGACCAGAUGGUAGACAAACAAGUUCCUCAUAGGGCUAACAAUGCACAAGGAAGCCCCAGCUUAGGAAGCUUGGAUGGGCAGCAUGGACGACAGUGCUCUCCUGGUGAUGCAGGACGCCCACCACUUGGGUUGGACAGACCAUUCGGGUCAACCACACUCAGCAGCAUAGGUUCUAACACAACCAGUAUGGAUGAAGUAGAAACCCCACAAAGAGCUGUUGUUGAUCUCAGCAAGGCUCAGCUGCUAGAAGCACUCUGUCAUUCUCAAACACGAGCAAGGGAGGCUGAGAAGGCAGCGCAGAAAGCCUACGAUGAAAAGGAGCAUAUCACCAUGCUCUUUUUGAGACAAGCUUCAUUCCUCUUUGCAUAUAGGCAGUGGUUCCAAAUACUGCAGCUUGAAAACCUUUGCCUCCAGCUGAAGAGCAAGGACCAGGCAACUUCUAUCCAUUUCCCUGUUUUCUUACCAUGGAUCACUUCAAAAAACAGGAAAAUGAGGAAGGGUAAGCACAAGGUUACAAAGCGGAAGCUGCCUCCACCCGGGAAGAAGAUAAGGAAGCGCCUUGUUGCUUUUGCAGUGGGCUUGAGUUGUGCUGGUGCAGGCUUGCUCCUUGGCUGGACCAUGGGGUUUCUCUUUCUUGCUUUCUAGUUCUAGCCGCGCAAAAAGCUUGUCAGCAGAGGACAAUCUGGUUUGGUUUGAUGGUAUUGGCCGUUGAUCGAAUUCGUGCCUGGCAUGGAAAUUCCACAAAGGAUUGCCAGAGCUUGUUGUGUAGUUAUCUAUGUACUUGUUAGUUUUGUUCAUUCUAUACGUGUAAAACCUUUAACUCGUCCUGGAAGAUUCUGUACAAAAGAUCUCAUGAGCUGCAAAGAUGUAUGCUAGCGAAAACACACUGGAAUAAAUGCAUGCCGUAGCAUCAAUUGCUGCUUUUUCUGA